AUGCUGCUGCCAAGAGCACUCGCCGUCCGCAAACCGAAAAUAGAUUCGUCUGCCGCCGAUCACCCGUCUGCACAAUCAGCCAGGCCAAAUCAAGACAUCUUUCCGGUCGACAGCAAGCCCCAGGAGCCUGAAACUAGUGCCAAACAGCGUAUCACACCUCCAAUCACCCAGCACGACACAGGCACGGUUACUAGAUCCACUCUCACCCUUCCAACGCCCAAUUAUUACUCGUCGUCAUCACGUUCCCUUUCUUCAUUCAAUGUCACCAAGUCCUAUCCGCACCAAGCUUCUCAAGAAAAACUCAUAAGGAAAUCACCUCAUACUGGUUGUAUAGUCUGGCUCAAUGGCCUUCCGAUAAUUCAAGAGAUCACCAAGCCAGUCAUUACAAAACUUGUUGAGGCUAUACGAAACAAAAAAUUGCACGACAAGCCUACAGAUCACCUAGCCGAAUCCUGCGUGGUGAAAUAUGUCGAUUUUGCAAAAGGCUUACCAAACUGCCACAUUCGAUUUGCCUCAGCUUCAUUGGCCAAUCAAUUUGUUCAAUCGUUCAAGUCCUUCUCAGAAUCGCAGAAUCCGGUAGUUUUAGCCAUCUCAGGGUUGGAGAUCGACUGCUCAAGACUUGAAGCCCUGGUGAUCAGUGGGCGACGAGAAGAGAUCUACUUGGACAAAAUCCCUGACUAUCUUCACCGAUCGACCAGUGAAACCUGA